UUUUUUUUUUCACUGUAUGCAUGUAACAGUGAAGAUUUUUUUUUUCAGCCGCAACAGUCAAAACAUGCGUGGUUGUGUCAACAUACACACACCUAUAGAGGGAAAAAAUGAAAUCCUCAUUUCAGGGUUUUUAAGGAUCUAUGUUAAAUCACAUUUUGACAUGAUGCAACAUUUUUGUUUCAUUCCCUGGGUAUGCUCUGUGGAAAGCAGUACCAUACUUAAGUGGCUAGGGAACCACUGGUACUGUGAAAUAUUCUGUUUUGAAAGAAAAUAUGAGCAUGACAUCUCUCAUCCUGUAUUUCUUUAUGAUGUCCAUCAUUCUAUUAAGCUAGGCAUAGCUUACAAGGCUAUCUGGUGUCUCUAAUGACAAAGCAAGACUCAACUAAGUGCUCAAACACAAUUUCUGAAAUAAGAAAUUAGAAUGUAAUUUUUACUUUUUUUUUUUUUUUUUUUCCCCUGCUAACAUGAACAUCUAAAUUGCACUAAGGACAGAGGUGGGGGAAAGAACGUUUACAGGUUUUUAAAUUCAGGAAUCAUAAAAUGAAGUAUUUUCGUGUGUAGUUACAGCUAACUUUAACAACAGACCUGAACAAAUCACAGAACCAUAGAAUGGUUUUGGUUGGAAAAAACCCUUCGUACCUGGGGGGUACGAACCCCCCCCCCCCAUACCUUCCUCCAGAUCAGGUUGCUCAAGGCCCCAUCCAGCCUAACCCUGAACACUUUCAGGAGUUGGGCAUGUUUGUACCCAGUGGACAAAUACAAUUAUAUUUUCCAUCUUUAUCUGGGUAUUUGCAUAUUUUAUUAGCGGCUCAGGCAAAAGAUCUGAAUAAUGUGCACCUUGAUAUAUGUCAGUUUAUUAUUUUUUCUUCAGAAAACAGUUCUUAGUCAGUUUUGUAGUUAAUGCUUGCUCCAGUUUUGCAGUUCUUCAUGACUUUCAGUGAAACCUUAGCGGAAUAGGCCAUAAUUCAGGAAGUGUUCUGAGGACAGUGACAAUUGACACCUUACAUUUUAUGCUAAUGCUAGCUUGUCUAUUUAAAAACAGUAUCACAUUAUAUAGGUAAUUGAAUUAGUAAAUGACUUGCCUCCAGCUUGCAUGUCUCCAGCACAGAUAAGGUUAAGUAUUUUCCUUUACGUAAAAAAGCAGGUUAUUGUUAUUGCUUGUCAGGAGGAAGUGGUGAUAAUUUCAAUUGAACUCUGUACCUUUGACUAAUGCCGUCUAUUGACGCUGAUUGUAAAUGUGCUUGAGACAGCCACAAAAGAAUGUAACAGAAUCACACAUCCUCUUCGACCUGAUCUUCUGACCAUUUUCAAAUCUGAAAUCCUUGGAAAGCAUUCUGUACUUCUUCACCAUAUAUAUAUCUAUAUAUACCUUUUCAGAAGUGUACUGGCAAAAUGAAUAUUACAGAGUCUAGUAUCACAGAUUAUCUGUAUGAUUCAGACUAUGCUUCUCUAAUUGCACAACCCUGCUCUAAGUGGGAAGUGAGGAUCUUCACAAAAGCAUUUCUGCCAGUUGCAUACUCGUUGAUUUGUAUCAUCGGCCUACUUGGUAACAUCUUUGUAGUGAUGACCUUUGCUUUAUAUGAAAGAACCAAGUCCAUGACGGACGUUUACCUCUUCAACAUGGCCAUCGCGGACAUCCUGUUUGUUCUCACCCUCCCACUGUGGGCAGUGAACUAUGCUGCUGACAAAUGGAUUUUCGGUAAUUUCAUUUGCAAAAUGGCCAGAGGUAUCUAUGCAAUCAACUUCAGCUGUGGCAUGCUGCUUUUGGCCUUUAUCAGUGUGGACCGGUACAUUGCAAUCGUACAGGCAACAAAGUCAUUUAAGCUAAGGGCAAGAACACUUGCAUACAGUAAACUGAUUUGUUUGGCUGUGUGGGUAUCAUCAAUUUUAAUUUCCAGUUCCUCUUUUCUAUACAGUGAAAGUUACAGCUUCUCCAUCAAUGAAACCAAAGAGAUUUGUGACCACAGAUUUGACAAAAUGGCUGAAAGCACUAUGCUGAAAUCACUGCUGUUGUGUCUACAAGUUGGAUUUGGAUUUUUUUUACCUUUCAUAUUUAUGUUUUUUUGCUAUACAUUCAUAAUCAAAUCCUUACAACAAGCUCAGAAUUCCAAGAGAAACAAAGCAAUUCGUGUGAUUGUAUUAAUUGUAGCUGUUUUCCUAGUUUGCCAGGUACCCUAUAACAUUGUUCUUCUUGUGGCAGCUGUAAAUAUGGGUAAGAUGGACAAAUCUUGUGACUCUGAAAAGGCAAUGGCCUAUGCAAAAUACACCACUGAAGCCAUAGCAUUUUUACACUGUUGCCUGAACCCUGUGCUCUAUGCAUUUAUCGGAGUGAAGUUUAGAAGUUACUUUGUGAAGAUAAUGAAGGACCUAUGGUGCAUGAGACACAAGAAAUACAAUAAACGUGGUUCAAACAAUUCCGAUAUUUAUCAUUCAAGACAGACUAGUGAAAUUCUGACUGACAAUGCAUCUUCUUUUACUAUAUAAUACAAUUCGAAAAACAUUAUUACUGAAGGACUCUGCUCACCAAGCAACCCAAACCAGCCUCACUGUGCCUGUGGUAGCCAGUCUUUUGGGCUUCUCUGCACCUCAAACGGAGCUCUCAUGACCAACAACUCCUUUCAAGAAAACGAUUAAGAUAAAAUAACGACACUGUCCUGUGGAAAACUGAAGUCUUAUUCACCUCUCUUAACAUUCAUGCUCUUCUAAAGUGCAUUCUUGUAGAAUUAUUAAAAGUGAAUUUUACAGAGGAAUGCUUCUUGUUUUUAAUAAUAAUAAUAAUUAAAAAAAAAAGUGUCUUCUCUGUUCUGCAUCACUGAAAUAUCUCAAAAGUACUAAGUAAAUGAAUCAGUUUAUGUCCUGGCUCAUUCUACUGACAUUUAUGUUGUUGCUAUUAACUAUUUUUACCUGGAAAUCUUAUUUAAGUGUAGGUCUCCAUGGUGCUUUUGCUGCAGACAGGUCACUUUAUAAUACCAACCUAAAAUAUGGCAUUUUGAGCAAUGUAUGGCAAGCAGAGCUAACAUAGAAAUGAAGAAACAGGCUCAAGGAUUCUGGAAUAGGUGGGCUUAGGUGUCAGGUCUCAUAAAUCUUUGCCCAGUUCUAUGCUCCACCUGCUCAUCGGGAAUUGCAGAAGGUUACGCCAAAGCUGAGACUGGUUAAAGCCAACAAAGACGUGCCUACUAAAGACAAUGUUACAAUAAAUAAAUUACACAAAAUAAGAGAGCUUUGCAACAUGCACAGAAAGGUUUUCUGAAAUCUCAUUAGACUAUUUUCUGAACAGAGAAAGCAGCUUUAUCUGAGAGAUUCUUCCCUUCAUUUGGCAGUAGAUUCCAGUUUUGCCUUCAGUUGAAGCUGAUCAGCUUGUGAACAUUUUUCUGUGUUGUUGUUUCUUUAUGUUGUUAUUUUUCUCUUUCUAGCUGAAAUUCAUACUCCACUUUCCAGAAGCUAGAAAACUGAACAGAAAUGUAAUUAUUCAAAUUCCAACUCUUUUUUUUUUUUUUUUUUUUUUGAACUAGAUUCAUCAAAAAACAUGCAUUUCUUUGUAUUUUGCUAUUGUUGGCAAAGCUUCCUUAGGAAGGGAUUUACUAGCAUGAAGUAUGUACGUAUGAAAUUUGUUAGCUCCAAAAUUAUUAAGGUCUAUGCCUAAAAAAAAACCACAAUCUGACUUAAUUCAGCCAAAAUUUUUACUGAGUUAGUCAGCAUUUAUCUCGCUCUGGAUAUAGGGAUAUUUCUAAUAAAUUCAAUUAGUUUUACCCAGCAAACCCUCAGUGGAACUUGUGUUCAUUGAGGGAGCUUCACCACCUUUUAACUGUGCAGGGUGUGGAGAGGUAGAGAGGAACAGGAGCUGAUGCAUUUCAUAGAGCUGGAGGGCAGAGGGGCAGGGCAAGACGUAGGAGACAAGAACACACCUGCUACCUGCUUGCAGUCUGCUGAAGUUCCUACCACAAAUUAAUGCAAUGUGCAGCUCACAGUUUGCCUUGGAUGUCCUCUUUUAUACUCAUGGCUGAGGAGACAGAGAAAGAAGUAACCACAUCUUUCAGUGGCAAUCCAAAGGGCCAAGAGGGGCAGUGCUGGAGCUGAAGAAGACUUGAGGAAGGGUGUUGAUAUGGUACGAUGUGAAAUUGGUACUGCUUGUGCUGAUGUAAUCCAUCCUUGUUUACAGUGCACUGUGAGGUUCUUAAAUAUCAGUGCCAGAUGUGAUAAAGAUUGUAUGCAUUUAUCAUCACUGAAUAGUAACUUAGGCAAGAAUAUGAUGCAAAAUAAUGUAAAUGCAUAUGUGUGCAUUUGCUGUAUGAUCUUCUGCAUGAGAAUUCAACAAAUAAAAAUGUUACUGAA